AUGCCCCGCGGCUUCCUGGUGAAGCGCAGCAAGAAGUCCACGCCCGUGUCCUACCGGGUCCGCGGCGGCGAGGACGGCGAUCGCGCGCCGCUGCUCACGCCGGGCUGCGGGGGCGCCCGCGCCGAGCCCCCGGCGCCGAGCCCGGGUCCGGGGCCACUGCCGCCGCCCGCCGAGCGCGCCCAUGCGGUGCUCGCCGCCGCGCUCGCCUGCGCGCCGGGCCCGCAGCCACCCCCGCGGGCCACACACUUCGGCAAUCCCGAGGCCGCGCACCCUGCCCCGCUCUACAGCCCCACGCGGCCCGUGAGCCGCGAGCACGAGAAGCACAAGUACUUCGAGCGCAGCUUUAACCUCGGCUCGCCGGUGUCGGCCGAGUCCUUCCCUACGCCCGCCGCGCUGCUGGGAGGCGGAGGCGCCGGCGCCGGCGGUGGCAGUGGCGCGAACGGCGCGGGCGGUGGCGGCACCUGCGGCGGCGACGCACUGCUCUAUGCGCCCGCCGAGCUCAAGAUGGGCACGGCGUUCUCGGCCGGCGCCGAGGCGGCUCGCGGCCCAGGGCCCGGACCCCCGCUGCCCCCUGCCGCCGCCCUCCGGCCACCGGGCAAGCGGCCCGGGCCCCCCUCCUCCGCCGCCGCCGCCACCGCGGCGGAGCCCCCAGCCAAGGUAGCCAAGGCCCCCAACGCCAAGAAACCCAAGGCCAUCCGCAAGCUGCACUUCGAGGACGAGGUGACCACGUCGCCAGUGUUGGGGCUCAAGAUCAAGGAGGGCCCGGUGGAGGCGCCGCGGGGUCGCGCGGGGGGUGCAGCGCGGCCCCUGGGGGAGUUCAUCUGCCAGCUGUGCAAGGAGGAGUACGCUGACCCGUUCGCGCUGGCGCAGCAUAAGUGCUCGCGCAUCGUGCGCGUGGAGUAUCGCUGCCCCGAGUGUGCCAAGGUCUUCAGCUGCCCCGCCAAUCUGGCUUCGCACCGCCGCUGGCACAAGCCGAGGCCGGCGCCCGCCGCCGCUGCCGCCCGCGCUCCGGAGCCCGAGGCCGCUGCCAGGGCGGAGGCGAGGGAGACACCGGGCGGCGGUGGUAGCGACCGGGACACGCCGAGCCCCGGGGGCGUAUCCGAAUCGGGCUCGGAGGACGGGCUCUAUGAGUGCCACCACUGCGCCAAGAAGUUCCGCCGCCAGGCCUAUCUGCGCAAGCACCUGCUGGCCCACCAUCAGGCGCUGCAGGCCAAGGGCCCGUCGCCGGCGCCCCCGACCGAGGACCUAAAGGCCCUGUAUCCAGGGCCCGAAGAGAAGGCGGCACCCCAGGAGGCGCCCGGCGACGGCGAGGCGGCCGGCGUGCUGAGCCUGGCUGCGUCCGCCGCCGAGUGCCAUCUGUGCCCGGUAUGUGGGGAGACGUUCCCCAGCAAGGGCGCCCAGGAGCGCCACCUGCGCCUGCUGCACGCCGCCCAGGUGUUCCCUUGCAAAUACUGCCCCGCCACCUUCUACAGCUCGCCGGGCCUCACGCGGCACAUCAACAAGUGCCACCCGUCCGAGAACAGACAGGUCAUCCUCCUGCAGGUGCCCGUGCGUCCGGCCUGCUAG